CGGCGGAAGCCCCUCCCUGUUAGCGUUUAGCUCCGCAGCCGCACAACAGCAGCAAAGUCCGAGUAACGGUGUAGAUAAACUCGGUGAAGAGGACGCCAUGAGUCCCGGGGAGGAGCAGCUGGGCGCGCGGUGACCACACGGAGCUUCUUCCGCCGCUUUGACUCGUUUUCAGGACCAUGCCCUCAGGCCUUUCUUUCCUCCACUUUUAGAGACGGAACCACUUUUUCCAGGAUGGGCUUUGGUCGGGAUCUCAUCAACUCCCAUGAGGGUUUACUGAAGCUGCAGGACUGGGAGCUGAAGCUGCUGGAGACGGUGAAACGCUUCAUGACGUUGCGGGUGAAGAGCGACAAAGAGUACGCCGCCCUGCUGCUCAGCAUGACUCAGCAAACGGAGAAGCAGGAAGCCGCGGACUACGUCAGCACCGUCAGCAAGUCGUGGUCGCAGGUGAUUCGUCAGACGGAGGCGUUGGGUCGAAUCAUGAGGAGCCACGCAGACGACCUGAACUCCGGGCCGCUGCACCGCCUCGCCACGCUGAUCCGGGACAAGCAGCAGGUGAAGAAGAGCUACCAGAGUCUUCAUCAGCAGCUGGAGAGCUACAACCACAAGGUAACCAAAAGUGACCUGGAGAAGCUGAAGACCUCCUAUCGUCAGCUGAGCCGUGACGCCAACAACGCCAAAGACAAGUACAGAGAGGCACUAGCCAAAGGCCGGGAAGCUGAGCGGGCCCGGGAACGCUACGACAAAGCGACGGCGAAGCUACAUAACCUCCACAACAACUACGUGUUGGCGGUGUGCGGCGCCCAGACGCAGCAGGACAAACACCGUCAGCAGGCGGCGCCCGCGCUGCUGGACGCGCUGCAGAGGAUGCAGGAGGACAUGACGCUGGCACUUAAAAGUAUUCUGGAGGAGUAUUAUGAGAUCAGCAGCCUGCUGACGGAGGAGAUCGUUAAAGUCCACCAGGAGAUCUCAGCGGCCGUUCAGCAAAUCGAUCCGCUGGCAGAAUAUCAGCACUUCAUCGACGCCUACAGGUCUCCAGUGGCGCCCGAGGCGAGCGUGGAAUUUGAUGCGUCUUUAUUGGACGAGACGGAUAACAUCCCAGCCAAUGAGAUCCUGUGGAACACGCUGACGGCAGACAGCUUACAGAGCAUGUUGUCCUCAAAGACGGAGGAGCUGACGCUGACGCAGAAGAACCUACAAGAAAAGGAGACAUUAGCCAACGACCUGGAAGCCAGGAUCCAGACGAGUCAGCAGAGCGCAGAGAGGAAGAGCGACUGUGUCCUGCUGCUGAGUCAGAAACUGUCCCUCCUGGAGCUCCGUCACACGGUCCAAUCACUGCGCAGCUCAGAGGCUUCCCUGCUUUCCCAGAAAGCAUUGCUGGAUGCCAAAAUGGCGGCCGCAGUGGCUUCUCCACCCCCGCCGGCGCUGCCCGCGCUGCAGUAUGAGGACGACACUCGUUCCGUCUCCUCCACGGACAAGGUGAAGGAGAAGAGCUCUCGCUUCGACACGCUGCGCCACUCGUUGGCUGGGAUGAUCCGAUCUCCUAAAUCCAUGCUGGGCUCCUCCACUUCGCAGUUCUUCGACGUGAUUCCCACAUCGGAGCGGCCGCUCGCAGAGCAGGAGUGGUACCACGGAGCCAUCCCCCGCACAGAGGCUCAGGAGUUGCUACGGCAACAGGGAGACUUCCUGGUGAGGGAGAGUCACGGCAAGCCGGGCGAGUACGUCCUGUCGGUGUUCUCCGACGACCAGCGGCGACACUUCAUCAUCCAGUACGCCGACAGUCAGUACCGGUUUGAAGGGACGGGCUUCCCCACUAUUCCUCAGCUCAUCGAGCAUCACUUCUCUACCAAACAAGUCAUCACUAAGAAGUCUGGAGUUAUUCUGCUGAACCCUGUCGUCAAGGAUAAGAAGUGGAUCCUGAACCAUGAAGACGUGGUUCUGGGGGAGUUGCUGGGAAAGGGGAACUUCGGAGAGGUCUUCAAAGGAACGCUGCUGCGGGACAAAAUGCCCGUUGCUGUCAAAACGUGCAAAGAAGAUUUACCUCCAGAGCUGAAGAUCCGCUUCCUGUCUGAGGCCAGGAUCCUGAAGCAGUACGACCACCCCAACAUUGUGAAGCUGAUCGGUGUUUGCACUCAGAGGCAGCCCAUCUACAUCGUCAUGGAGCUGGUUUCUGGGGGAGACUUCCUGUCCUUCCUGAGGAAGAAGAAGGAGGAGCUGAAGGCGAAGCAGCUGGUUCGCUUUGCGGUGGACGCUGCAGCGGGGAUGGCUUACCUGGAGAGCAAAAACUGCAUCCACAGGGACCUGGCAGCCAGGAACUGUCUGGUUGGAGAAAGCAACGUGUUGAAGAUCAGCGACUUUGGGAUGAGUCGGCAGGAGGACGACGGAGUUUAUUCCUCCUCUGGACUCAAACAGAUCCCCAUCAAAUGGACCGCGCCAGAGGCCCUGAACUACGGCCGCUACAGCUCAGAAAGUGACGUAUGGAGUUAUGGGAUCCUGCUGUGGGAGACCUUCAGCCUGGGGGUGUGUCCCUAUCCGGGAAUGACCAAUCAGCAGGCUCGGGAGCAGGUGGAGAAAGGCUACAGGAUGUCGUGUCCUCAGCGCUGCCCUGACGAGGUGUACAAAGUGAUGCAGCGCUGCUGGCAGUACAACCCAGAGGAGCGGCCCAAGUUCUCCGAACUGCAGAGGGAUCUCGCUGCCAUCAAGAAGAAAUGAGUGGAGGAGGAGGUGGCCACGCCCUCAGCAGCGGAGUGGGCGGGGCCUGAGUCUUACUUGCUGUUCGGGAAGUGAUGUCACACAAGGGGUCUUAGUGCACAGGUGCUAAGAAACGGGCGACGAGUCGUAAACAAACACUAAAGAAAAGCAAAACCAGAUGGAAGCAGUACAGUGGAGAAAAAAAACGCUUCAAUGAACAAAAGUCGCGGAUCUGAACGAACUGCGACGUUUCAAAAUGUUUAUUUUUUACACCAGCUUUUGUUUUUUAUUAUACACGGAAUGUAAAGAAAAGCCACUAAGCCCCGCCCCUUAGCAUCAGACGUCUUCCAUCCUAAAACUCUUUCCUGUUUCUUUUACUUUAACUUCUCCUUUAUUUAUUGUUUUAAUUUGUUUUUAUUUACAACAGCCAGCUGUCAGUCACCUCAGGCCCCGCCCAGUCUGACUUUGACUAACAAUGCUUCUUACUAAAAGGGUCGUCAUGGUAACUGAAACAUCAUGACCCCUGCUCGGUCGGUCGUCAUCAUUUCCCGGACCUGUGUGAGGACGGAGCUGAAAUGAGCUCAGAGCGCCACCUACUGUCUGAGUCAGUGAACUCCAGUGUUUUGUUUUCAGCACUAAUCUUUUGUUUUUUAUAAACUUGUUAUAAAGAAUUUGUAUCAUUUAUAAUGAAA